CUUGAUCAUCGAGUCAACACUCAAAGAGUUUGGAACCUCUGAUGGCUUAUUCGUUGGAAUGUUCUCUUUUUGGUGGUGAACAUUGUUGGAAUCGGUUUAGGGUUUUUGUCAGGUUUAAUUAUUCUGCAAUUUACAGCUUAUGUUCUAGUGUUACUUUAGUUUAGAGAGUUUGUACAGAGGGGAGUCUGUAUUGGAGAUAUGUAACCCAAAGAUAAUUGCGAUUCUAAUUUCGUGGGUAGAAGCUACAUUUCUUGAGUUGGCUCGUCAAGGGGGAAUCAACCUGCAUUAAAAACCCAUUCUUGUGGUUUAUUUGAUGCUUCCGUUCCAUUGCACGAGACUCUUCAUAAAGUUUACCAUGGAAGGGAAGAAGGUUUUGAGUUGAAAAUUGCCUAGUGUGAAGAGUGAGUUGACAAUUCUUUUUACAAAGCAGUCAACAAAAAUUCAAUUCUUGUUACCACUUGGAAUGGUGGGCAGAUACAGGAUUCAUUGGCAGAUGUACAACUGAUUCGCAUCGUGUAUAAUCAGCCUCAUACAUCUGUUGAUUCUCAAACCCGAAUAACUGGUGUUGCCAUGAUCUGUGAACACACCCUGACAAGCUCUCCGAUGUUUGCUUGGGAAUUCUGAAGAUUUUGGAAUCGUCGCAUCUACCGGUGAACCAAGGGUGUUUUAUUUGCAAAUGAAAAGAGAUUAUCGUAGGUAUUUGACCAAGUUUAGAGGUGCGGAUGAGCAAAAGGAGGCAGCAGAAUCUACUAUGAAUUCAUUCAAAAUUGCUCUUGACAGCGAUUUCCCAAAUUCUUAGGCACAUGAACAUGAGGUAUCAAAUGCUGAAAUACUAUCAUUUCUGAUCAAAUUACUUGUGGAGAAGGCGACACAGUGGAGGUCAGAUCAUCCUUGCUUUAAACACAUCUACACGUGCUGCCAAGCAUUUUCAAGGAGACAUUAUUCCUGGGGGUUGAAGAAUAUAUAGUUGCUGGUUUCAAACAAGUUGAAAUAGGAACUACCUUGUCAAAGUUAGCAGAAAAUAUGGUAUAGAGAAUACAUGUAGUGGUAGUAUGCAAUUAAGAGCAUAUUUCAACCUUUCACAAGGCAAACUACUGAAUUUGGGACACAAGUUGCAGAGCCAUUAAGAGCAAUUGCAAUGGGUGCUUCCCUCGCAGAUACUCGACAUCUUACUCAAUGUUAUGAUACAAUGCAGCAAGAGGCUGAAGCGCAAGUCAUUAAAGUUUCUAAUCGAUCAGCAAAAGUGGACAGAUCACGAACUAUUUACAAGACUUGAGGCAGAUGAAUCAAAAUGGAAAGAAUUGAAGUCAACAUAGCAAUAUUGGAAAAGGAAGUUGCAUCAACAGUGGCUGCAGUGGAGGCUCAGCAGCAAAAAAUGAUGCUGCAGAAGCUUAUUUCUAUGAUUGGAUCAGAGUGUGCUUAGAAGGACAGAAUGGAGCUUAUAUCUGAAAACAAAUGGGUUCCUUCUUUAUAGUAGUUGGUGUUAUUUUACCAGCAAAUAAUGACAGAACAACCGAGGACCCUUAUCAUAGUCUCUGGGAAGUUCCUUUGAUAGGGUGUGCGGAAAAGACACCGAAAGCUACUCUAGAGAUUAAAGAUAUGGCGCUUGAUAUGUCUAAAGAUCCAGGUUCCAAGCCCUCUAUGUAUUUGAAGUUGCAAAUUUUGCCUAUUGUCAUCCAUCUGGGUGAACAGCAUGUUAGUUGUGAUAGUUUAUCUAGCUUGAAGGGGAGUCAAAGCUUAUCUACUGGGGAUGGAUCCAUAAUAGACAAGUCCUCUGCUCAUUUUAUUUGUGAAGAAUUUGGUCUCUUGGUUGAGUUUGGUACUCACAGAGAAAUGGGUGUCAUUGUUAAAAACAUUGACAUAUCUUUGGGAGAAAUUAAUGUCGACUUAAAUGAGGAUACGAUUUCUAAAAAGCAGAAGUCAUCUGACACUCAUGCUGAUGAACCUGCACAACCCACCCCUGAUUCUAAUGUUGCCAAGAAGCAGCAAAAGAAACAAGCUGCACUUUCGGCCAUCACAAAGUACACUUCUUUGUUCCCGGAAAAGGUUUCCCUCACUUUGCCAAAGUUGGAUGUGAAGUUUGUACAUAAAGAGCACCACAUUGUCAUGGAGAAUAGCAUCAUGGCCUUUCAGUUUAAGAGCAUAAAGUCUCAGUCUAUUGAGGAUGUUGGAGAAAGCACACGUCUUGAUCUUCAAUUAGAUUUCAGCGAGAUUCAUCUUCUUAAAGAUGGUGGAAGUUCUGUUCUUGAUAUACUGAAUCUUGGUGUUAUUUCAUUUGUUUACAUUCCGUUACAGCCUACUUCGCCUAUCAAAUCCGAAAUCGAUAUUAAGCUCAGAGGCACACAGUGCAACAUAUUUAUGGCAAGAUUAAAGCCAUUGAUGCAGUUGCGUCCCUCAAAGAAGAAAAAGACAGCGCCAAAAGACGAAAGUGCCAAUCCAGUAAAGGUCCAGUCAAGUGAUGAUUCCAAGAUCAUUAUGUGGACGUGCACAUUUGCAUCCCCAGAGACAACCAUUUCAGUUUAUAAUUUGGAUGGAUCGCCGGUUUAUCAUGGUUGCUUGCAGUCAUCACAUCUCUUUGCCAACAACACAUCUAGUACAGGCACUGUAGUUCACUUCGAGCUUGAUGCUUUGAAUUUGCAAGUGGCUGAUGAAUAUCAAGAAUGUUUGAAACCAAGCUUCUUCAUUGUGGAAACAAAUACGGUUGCAGUUCUCCAUAUAGCAAAGGUUAUCCUGGAUUUUGGCAAAAAGGACACAGAUUCAGUUCAACAAGAUGUUUCCAACUUAAAAUCAGUACUCUCUGUUGAUGUAACUAGCAUCGGUUUGUGCUUGACAUCCAAGCGUGUGCAAUGCUUAUUAUCUACUGCUUUGUUGUUCAAGACGUUACUGAAAAGUCCAUCUCCGUCUGUUAAAACAUCCGCUCAAAGUCAGGCAGCGCCUCCAAAAAAAUCAUCAGGUAAAGGGAUCCAAUUAAUUAAAUUUAAUCUUGAACGGUUUUCAGUAAAUCUAUGUGGUGAUGCAAGUCUGGAUAAUGAAGUUGUUGACGAUCCGAAACGUGUGAAUUACGGAUCGCAAGGUGGUCGUGUUCUUAUUACCGUCUUACAGGAUGGUACUCCACGUAUUGCAAAAGUAGCAUCGACAGCUUCAGAUGAGUACAAGACGGUAAAGUACUCCAUAGGGCUUGAGAUUAUUCGUUUGUGUUUGGCUUUGAAUAAAGAGAAACAGUCGACUCAGGUGGAGCUUGACAGGGUAAGAUCGCUAUAUCAGGAAAUUAUGGAAGAUGAGAGUUGUGGCACAAAAGUGGCAUUAUUUGACAUGCAGAAAGCAAAGUUUUUAAAGCAAACCAGUAGCCUUAAAGAGGUAUCUGUUUGCUCUCUUUUCAGUGCCACUACUAUUACAGCCAGAUGGGAGCCUGAUGUUCAUUUAGCACUAAUUGAACUAGUGUUACGGCUUAAGCUAAUCAUGCACAAUCAUAAGCUUCAGGAACGAGAGGAGGUAAAAUCUAGUAGUAAAGAUAAUGAAGUUAAGAAAGAACCCUCUGGGGAUGCAAUACUGUCAGAAAAGAAUCAAAAGAAGAAAGAAUCUCUUUUUGCCGUUGAUGUGGAGAUGCUUACUGUAACUGCCGAAGCUGGAGAUGGUGUUGAGACCAUGAUUCAGGUUCAGUCGAUUUUUUCUGAAAAUGCCCGCAUAGGUGUACUUCUUGAGGGACUAAUGCUUAGUUUCAAUGCAACAAGAGUGUUCAAAAGUGGUAGGAUGCAACUUUCCCGCAUUCCAAAUGCUUCUGAUCCAGCUGUUAAAUGGGAUUAUGUGAUUCAAGGCCUUGAUAUACAUAUUUGCUUGCCAUUUAGAUUACAGUUGCGUGCUCUUGAUGAUUCUAUCGAGGAAAUGUUGCGAGCUUUAAAGCUUGUUGCUGCUGCUAAAAAGAAAAUAAUAUUUCCAUGCAAAAAGGAGAGUGAGAGUGAGAGUGGCAGUGGCAGUGCAAGCGCAAAACCUAAAAAACCCAGCUCUUCAAAACUUGGUCGUGUGAAGUUGUUUAUACGUAAGUUAACUGCUGAAAUUGAGGAGGAACCAUUACAGGGCUGGCUUGAUGAACACUAUUACCUAAGGAAGAAUGUUGCUCAUGAAAUGGCAGUUAGAUUGAACUUUCUUGAUGAGCUUCUUUCCAAAGGGAGCCAAUCUUCUGCAGCUGCUAAUGCUGAUGAUCCUAAUAAUGAAGGGAAGUCCCAAGUUGAUGCUCAAGACAAAACAUGUGUGCAUGAUGCAUCAUCUGUUGACAAAAUGAAAGAGGAACUCUAUAAAAAUUCAUUUCGCACUUAUUACGAAGCAUGUCAGGCUCGUGUGAUAUCAGAAGGAUCAGGUGCCUGCCAGGAAGGAUUCGAGUCCGGGUUCAAGUUUAGCACAUCAAGAACCUCACUUUUCUCCAUUACUGGCACCAUGCUUGAUAUAACCUUGACGGCAAUUGAAGGUGGUGAGGCAGGAAUGAUACAAGUUGUACAGAAACUUGAUCCGGUUGCUCGAGAAUGUAACAUUCCAUUUGCUCGCGUUUAUGGAUCUAACCUUAGUUUGCAGGCAGGAUCUCUUGUUGUUCAGCUGAGAGACUAUACAUAUCCAAUUCUUGCUGCAACUUCUGGUAAAUGUGAAGGUCGCCUCGUGCUAGCUCAACAGGCCACACCUUUUCAGCCCCAAACUCUGCAUGAAGUCUAUAUUGGUAAAUGGAGGAAGGUGGAAAUGUAUCGUUCAGUUAGUGGCACAACUCCACCAAUGAAAACAUUUUUAGAUUUGCCAUUGCAUUUCCAGAAAGGAGAGGUAUCUUUUGGAGUGGGAUUCGAACCACCUUUAGCUGAUUUGAGCUAUGCCUUCACUGUGGCUUUACGUAGGGCCAACUUAAGCGUUAGGAACCCAAAUCCUUUUGUUCUUCCCCCAAAGAAAGAGAAGAGCUUGCCAUGGUGGGAUGAGAUGAGAAAUUAUAUUCAUGGCAAAACCACCCUGUCUUUCUCUGACAUUUUAUUUAAUGUUCUUGGUACAGUUGAUCCGUAUGAAAAGUCUGACAAACUCCAAAUGUCUUGUGGAUAUAUGGAAAUCCAGCAGUCAGAUGGGCGUAUUUAUGUUUCUGCAAGGGAGGUGAAUAUAUUUACGAGCAGUUUGGAUACUUUGCUAAGGAAUUCAACCAUCAAACCUCCUACUGGGGGCCAGGGACCUUUCUUAGUUGCCCCAACUCUCAUUCUUGAGGUUUUAAUGGAUUGGGGUUGUGACUCUGGCACCCCAUUAAACCAUUUUUUGUUUGCACUUCCAUCUGAAGGGGUUGCUCGUGAGUAUAUAUUCGAUCCUUUCAGAUCUACUUCACUCUCCCUGCGUGUCAAUUUGGCCCUCAAAGCUAUUCCCUCGUCUGAGAAUCAGUCACAAUCCUCUGAUAAGAUUGCAUCAUUUGAUUCACCUACUAUAAGUGUUGCUCCGCAUGAUAUUGUUUGGCUAAUAAAGUUCGGUAACUUGAAUGUUCUUCCUCCUGUGAAAUUGCGUUUCUUCUCUCGUUAUCCUCGCUUUGGUGUUCCAAGAGUUGCUAGAUCUGGCAACCUGGCAUUAGACAAAGUGAUGACAGAAGUUAUGUUUCGUGUUGAUAUAACUCCAACCUGUAUAAGGCAUAUGUCUUUAGAUGAUAAUGAUCCAGCUAGAGGAUUGACUUUUAAGAUGUCAAAGAUAAAAUCUGAAAUGUAUUUAGGUCGUGGAAAGCAAAAGUUCACAUUUGAUAGCAAGCGUGAUCUUCUUGAUCUUGUUUACCAGGGCAUUGAUCUGCAUAUGCCUAAGGUAUAUUUAAAUAAGGAAGAUUGCACAAGUGUUAUUAAAGUUCAAACAUCAAAGAAAAGCUCACAAGUAAAUGAUAAUGCUGGAGGAACCACAGAAAGGCAUCGUGAUGAUGGAUUUUUAUUGUCAUCUGAUUACUUUAUAAUCAGAAAGCAAUCCCCCAAGGCAGAUUGUUCAAGAUUAUUGACAUGGCAAGAAGCUUGGAAAAGAAGUAAUGCAAUGACAUAUUAUAAAUCCGAAUCUCGACGUGGAAGUGAUAGUGAUGAACAAGAAAAGUCUGACCCAAGUGAUGAUGACGGAUAUAAUGUUGUGAUAGCUGAUAACUGUCAGCGCAUUUUUGUGUAUGGAUUGAAGCUCCUUUGGACGAUUGAGAACAGAAACGGUAUGUUGUCAUGGGGUAGUGAGUUAGCCAAAGCUGCUACUCCUCCAAAACCUUCUCCUUCUCGUCAGUAUGCACAGAGGAAGCUACUUGAGGAGACCCAGCCGCCACAAAAUAAAAGUGAACCUAUUAUUCAAGAAGACAUCUCAAAGACCACUUCUCCUGGUCAAGAUGGAAGUCCUUCUCCAAAACAAAAGGAAGCAUCACAGUCUCCAUCAGAUUCAGAUAAACCAGACCGUCAAACAUUUGAUGAUGUUGCAAAACAUGACAAUGUUGAUGCCUCUGAGGAGGACGAGGAGGGCACUUGUCUUUUCAUGGUAAAUGUUAUCGAGCCACAGUUCAAUCUUCACUCAGAAGAAGCCAAUGGUAGAUUUUUGCUUGCUGCUGCUAGUGGUCGAGUUUUAGCUCGCUCAUUUCAUAAAGUUGUUAAUGUUGGCAUCGAGGUGAUUGAACAAGCAGCUGUGAGUAAUGGAGGGGUAAAUAAUUGUGAAAGGCAACCUGAAUUGAUAUGGAACCGAUCAGAGCUCUCUAUGAUGUUGGAACACGUGCAGGCUCACGUUGCUCCAACUGAUGUCGAUCCAGGGGCUGGAGUCCAGUGGCUGCCCAAGAUACGUAGGAGCUCGCCAAAAGUAAAGCGAACCGGAGCUCUACUUGAACAAGUGUUUAUGCCCUGUGAUAUGUAUUUCCGCUACACAAGGCACAAAGGUGAAGCUGCAGAUUUGAAGGUGAAACCUUUGAACGAACUUGCAUUCAAUUCUGAUAAUAUAACAGCAACCAUAACAUCUCGCCAGUAUCAAGUUAUCCUCGAUGUCAUGAACAAUCUACUCUUGGCCAGGCCUCCAAAGCCUCAGAAAAGUAGUCUUCCAAAAUCAGCAGAAGAUGAUGAAGACAUGGAGGAGGAAGUCGAUGAGGUUGUUCCUGAUGGUAUUGAAGAGGUAGAACUAGAACGAGUCAACCUUGAACAGAAAGAACGAGCACAAAACUUGCUUUACAAUGAUAUAAGGAAGCUUGCAGUUCCCAAUGAUACCGCUGUAGACAUCUCCUCGGAAAAGGAAGGGGAUAUGUGGAUGGUAACCUGCAGUAGAUCCAUAUUGGUGCAAAAACUUAGGAAAGAAGUGGUAAAUGCACAAAAAUCCAGAAAGGCUGCGGCUGCUUCUUUGAGGGUGGUUUUGCGGAAAGCUGCACAGCAACGGUUAAUGGAGAAGGAGAAAGAGAAAAAUAAAGGCCCCUCAUGUGCUAUGCACGUAUCUUUUCAAUUGAAGAAAGUGGCAUGGAGCAUGCUUUUGGAUGCGAAAGCUAUUUCAGAGAUAGAGAUAAAUGACAUGAUAUAUGACUUUGACAGAGAUUAUAAAGAUAUUGGUGUUGCUAGAUUCACAAUAAAGUACUGUGUUGUGAAAAACUGCCUGCCGAACGCUAAAUCUGACACACUUCUGGCUGCAUGGAAUCCUCCUUCAGAAUGGGGAAAGAAAGUGAUGAUUCGAGUAGAUGCAAAAGUUGGUGCUCGGAAGGAUGGUGCCUCUCCUAUUGAACUGUUCCAGGCUGAUGUUUACCCCUUGAAAAUACAUUUGACUGAGUCAAUGUACCGAGUGAUGUGGGGGUAUUUCUUCCCAGAGGAGGAACAAGAUAGCCACCGACGGCAGGAAGUUUGGAAGGUCUCCACAACUGCUGGAUUCAGACGAGGCAAAAAAGGGAAUGAGACUACAAAAGAAUUAGAGGGAUCCACUAAAAGCUCUGCUGAUCCCUUGGUAAAUAUUCCAAAUAGCUUACAUGAAAAUCUUAGAUUUUAUUAUACAAUCAACUUGGUUAAAAUCUUCAUUUUGGAGAAUAUGCUCUUAAAUUCUAUGGUUGGUAUUGCAUGCCUGCAGGCAUCAAAGAAAGCAAAAGCAUCAGCACAUGAGUUGAGAAGAACUUCUUCUUUUGAUAGAACAUGGGAAGAAACUGUAGCGGAAUCCGUGGCUAAUGAACUUCUAGAAGAAAUGCAUUCUUCACCUAUGUGUCUAGAUCAGGAUGAGUUGAGUAAACCUAAAUCCAAGGACUCAAAAACCGCAAAAACUGCAAAACCUGCAAAAACUGCAAAACCUGCAAAAGCUUCAAAAACUGGUCAAGAUCAAGAAGCCAAGGUGGGUAAACCAGCUGACAACAAAAAAGGCAAGCCUCAGGUGCUGAGAGAGUUUCAUAAUAUCAAGAUAAGUCAGGUAGAACUACUAGUGACGUACGAAGGCUCUAGAUUUGCUGUCAGUGAUCUGAGGUUGUUGAUGGAUUCAUUCCACCGUGUUGAAUUCACUGGUACUUGGAAGAAGCUGCUUGCAAGAGUGAAGAAGCAUGUUAUUUGGAGCGUCCUCAAGUCUGUUACGGGAAUGCAGGGUAAGAAGUUCAAAGAUAAGAUGCAUGGUCAAAACAAAGAACCGAAUCUAGCAAAUGUCCCUACUCUUGAUCAUGAUAGCGAUAGCGAUGGUGGGUCUGCUGGCAUAUCUGAGAAUCUUGCUCUUGCUUUUCCAAAACCGGCAACUGAUGGAGCUGGUGAUGGAUUUGUGACCUCUGUGAGAGGGUUAUUCCAUACACAGCGUCGUAAGGCCAAGGCCUUUGUGCUUCGUACAAUGAGAAAUGAAGGAGAAGAAGCAAUGCCAGGCGAGUGGAGUGAUCACGAGGAUUAUUCUCCUUUUGCGAGGCAACUCACCAUAACCAAAGCUAAGAGGCUUAUACGUCGCCACACCAGGAAGUACUCGCAGAAAGGUUUUUCUGUUGAUGGGCUUCCAUCAUCACCGACAGCAUCCGACAGUGAUUCUUCUUCGAGUGACUCCGACGAUCCUUUUGAGGAAUACCUCGAGUACAAGGCUGCCCAAGAAAAAGCUGCUGGGGAAAAGGAAAACCCGCCAUCCACACAAUGAUCAUGUGUUUUAUAGA